AUGGGCAAUGCACCUCCAACAACUAUCCUCACAAACCAAUGUGAGAGUAUCAAGGGAGCAAUUAGAGAGACGCUGCCAGACACUAUCCAUAGGUAUUGCAUUUGGCACUUCAUGAUAAAGCUACCUAUAAGGCUAAAGGGAGUGUGCGAUUAUAAGGCUAUGAAAUCCGAAUUCAAAUCAAUAAUUUUUAACAGCAUCACUAUAGCUGAAUUUGAGGCCAAAUGGGUUGCAUUCAUCAAAAAGUAUAAGCUUGAAGAAAGACAGAGGUUUCAUAAUCUACAUUCUGAAAAGAAAUACUGGGUUUCCGUAUUUCUCAAGCACUACUUUUGGGCUGGCAUGAUGUCCACGCAAAGAUGUGAGUUAAUGCAUGCAUUUUUUGACAGCUAUAUGAACAGACGAAAUUUUCUAAAACAGUUUAUUGAGCAAUAUGAGAUAGCCUUGAGAUACAAAUAUGAUAAGGGACUACAUGCAGAAACUGACUCAAGAAAGAUACAUUUACCACCCUUUAGUGGGUUUGAAUGGGAGAUACAGGUUCAAACCCACCACACCUGA